GCAGCGUAAAAAGUGGGCGGGAAACAAGCAUUUUGAGGGGGGGGCGGCACACCCCCUCUUCCCCCCCCUCUCUCUCUCACAGAACCCACCAUGCCGCGCCCCACCAGGGACAGUUACGGGGAUCAGAAGCCGCCGUACUCGUACAUCUCCCUGACGGCCAUGGCCAUCUGGAACAGCCCGGAGAAGAUGUGCACGCUGGCAGAGAUCUACAAGUUUAUUAUGGACAACUUCCCCUACUACCGCAAGAACACUCAGCGCUGGCAGAACUCCCUGCGCCACAACCUCUCCUUCAACGACUGCUUCAUCAAGAUACCCCGCCGGCCAGACAGGCCCGGCAAGGGCGCCUACUGGACUCUACACCCGUCCGCCAUGAAUAUGUUCGAGAACGGCAGCUUCCUCCGCCGCAGGAAGAGGUUCAAGAUACCCAAGCCCGAGAAGGACGCCCUCGAGGCCGGCCUCGCGCAGAUCGGCCCGCCGCAGCCGCAGGUGCGGCCGCUGCCGCCGCCGCCGCUGCCGCUGCCCCCCCUCAAGCCGCCAGGAGAGGGGCCGCUGCCACCCACACUACACCUCCUGCCGCCCCCGCUACUCUACCCGCCGCCCCUAAUCUACCCUAGCGGGUGGGCGGCCGCCCCUUUCCUCCAUUCAAUAUCCUACCUCCCGCCGCCGCCGCCACUGCCGCUGCCGCCGCCGCCCGUGCCACCACGCCCCAUCAAGCCCACGCCCGUGCUGGCCCGCCCCCCGCCGCCGCCCCUGGAAGCUGGUAUUAUGGGCGUGACAUAGGCCCCUGAUCCGUAUUCAGGGCUGUGGCGGUGCCCUAAGCCAGCCUUGUGUUGCUCUGUAUCAGCCCGAGGGCUCACCUGGGGCAGUGAAGCAGCCCUG